AUGGUCAAAGGACCGCAAUUCGUCUCGAUAUGCACCUACAGCUAUACUGGCCCCGGUAGUCUACGCAAGACAAGAAGAAAACCUCAUUGCGACUCUGUCGAGGUGCGGAUGUGCAGUUCACAACCCUCAUGCAGUCUGUCUGCAUCCAUACUCCUGCAUGGAGCCACGGGACCUGCACGCGCUUGCGCAUUACUGUAUCCGCCUGAAAGUAGCAGUAACGGCGAGAAAUGUUCACUCAACACUACUAGCACGCCAAUCAACGUUGCGAGCCAUGCACCGUUGAAGCUACUCGGUGAAGGCUUCGUACAACGAGAAGCUCUUCAACUUGCGGACCCAGACAGGUUUACCUAUUACCAGAACUUUGCCGAGUCGAGCACAUUCUCGGAGAACGAUGCCGACGAGUGCAGUGAGUACGACGAUGGCUACGAGCCCAGUCAGAGCCAAUCUCUUGAUCGCCCUGGGAGGAUUCCCUGCAAUCUGGCGAUCCGCCUCGCAAAUCGAUCCAAUGGUCCGCCACUGGCAACGAUCAUGGAGCAACAUUCACGCUCUACCUUGAACUCACGUGUCUCCUUGCCCAGUGUCAGUUGUGCUACGUCUUUGCCUAAUUCCGAUCAUGUAUCUCCGCCAUGCACAUUUCAAAAAAUGCCGAACCAUGCAGAUGAUCCCGAGCUUUCACGAAUCGCAGAGGAUGUUUCUCCGGAACAAGAUGUCAGCACCAUUAGGGAAAGCAGGCUAGCGAAUGGGAGUGGGAGCACACCCCCGACAAUCAAGACUCCAAACCAGACGAGUGGGAUAGCACAAACACACACUACCGACUUUCACAUAGGUGACACAGAGCACUCGACUGGUAGCCAGAGGAUUUCGGCUUUCUUUUGCGAUGUUUUACAGAGUGUUCAGAACACAUCACGGGUCAGGUCGUCCCAGUUGAUCCAGACUACCAUGAUCAAGUCCAAAGACCGACGGGUGAGACCGGUCCAAUGCAGUCCGCGGAGCCAUGGAUACCAGUUUGACAUUGCUCAGACCACUUAUGACGAAUUGAGCAACCCGCGUCUUAGGAAUGGCUCGACUUCAGGCCCAUCGCUGACGCCUCUUGGAAAUUCUCAGAUCAGGGGUCGGCAGACACCUUCAUUAGCAAAUGUCAAGUUUUCAGCUGAAGCUGAUCCGCCCUUGCUCACAACUCUACCGCAUGAUUCUAAACUUAUGACCGAUAAUAGCCCUGUACCUCCAUUGCUGCCACCUUCGGUUGCAACGCGUUCAGAUGAACGAUUCGCUUCUGUGCAUCCUGUACAACCAACACCACGCGAUGGGGCGCACAAUGGCGACACGGCUAAAGUGCCAGCGAUCUUGAGCGAAAGGAUAUGUGAAAUGCUGGUUCACAACACGCCUGAAAGCGUGUCCGUCUACCCUGGGAACGCCGCUUCGCUUGCACAGUGCGAUCGCGCGAUCGAGUCCAGCCGAAAUGCCAGCUUCUGCAGCACCAUGUCUACAUCAUAUUCAGGGACGGUACUGGGUGUUGACUUGGACCUUGGACAUGAGCUUGUCGGCAUUCAGAACAUGCCCCACUCGCCUUCGCCCACGCCAAUCGCACCCCCAGUAUGGUUCACACCGCAAAUGGGAGAGCUCGAGGGACAAGCGUCCAUGUCGGAAUCUCCAGCGCAGGCGACGAAUGAUAGGACAAAUACUACCUCGCACUCUGUAAAGUCAUUCGCUUUAACGUCCCUACUACCCAUUGCAGCGGCAUCAGGUGUCGUCACCCCGAAUUACAACACGCCAAAGAUAUCCUUUUACUCUCCAUCUGGUAAUCUUAUCCAGCCUGAGAACAGUUCAUCGCCUGGAACAGGAUCUUCAGAAUUUAGUGGGUCUCCAACCAUGGCGACAUCCUACUUUUACAAUGUUCGGAGCACCCCCAUCCAUCCAGCACCACCAGUACGUCCGGCUCUGGUACCGAUGACAACUCCACCUGUGUUCUCAGCGCCAUUGCCUGCGCAUCUGCGACACCACCACAAUUAUCGACAUCCAGAAAAUUCGCAGAUCGUUUCCACAGAGUCCUUUGUCCUCCCUAGUCCGGUUGUGCGAGGCUGUGGCGGUAUCGUCAAGAGUCCUAGCUUCACGCCUCGUAGUGGUUCACGAAAUCAAUAUCCAAAGUUCAACUCUGGCUCAUAUCAGAAACAUCAUCGCUCUACCUGGUCCAUUGUCCACGACUUGAAGUUUGAAGCGAGAUUCUACAAAGCGGGCCUAAUUACCAAAGCCUGCAUGUUCCGCCGUCCUACAGCCAAGGGUGAUGUUCUCCACAAGCGCCGCGUUGUUAGCCAAUGCCCCGAACAAGAACCUUCCUCGAAUAACAGGGAUAGUGGCAGAAGCGGGGCCGCAACAAUAGUCGUUGAAGAAAAGGCCCGAAUGCGUCCAACGUCGCGUGAACAUGCUCACAGUAAACUGGGUCCUCUGGCAGGACACACCAUGCGGAUAUGUUUCUGUCAACCAUACGACGGCGUGGGAAGAUUGAAACACGAGGGUGCUACCGAUGCGCCAUGUAUUAGGAAAUUCAGGAGUGCGUCCGAUGGCCUAGACCAGGCAAGGCGAGCAGGAGAGAGGGACAGUGGCACGCAGGACUGCGAACUCCCUAAUGCGCGUGUUGUUGGCAAGCAGACGGAUUGCACCGGCCAGGGCGAGAAGAAGGCGGCAAUUGGCAGGACGAGUGUAGGGGCCAGGAUGCGAAGUGAGGAUGUGAAGGUGGUGAGUAUUGAGGUUGGUCUCCGUGUCGCGGCCAUGGAAGCGUAA